UUCGAUGGUGAUGACAUUGCCAUGGCGGCGAGUCGUUGAGGGGUUUCACGCGGAUACGAUUACGCGGUACGCAGGCCGAGCGGGGGCCUACCUACUCGUACCGGUAGGCCCUUGGCCGGAGGAGGGAAGAGGAAUCACACUGCGACGACCGACGAUCAUGGCCGGGAUCGUCUCCUCCUCCACCGCUUUUCUUCUCCUCCUCGUCCUCGUGCCCAGGAACGGGAGCGUGGCCUUGGCGGCGGAGAUGUGCUACUGCUACCAGAGGGGCGCCGACGACGGGGAAGCCAGCAAGCUGACCAAGACGAUCUUGCUGCUCGUCGUCGGCCCCAUUGAGCUGCAGAUAAAAAAGACGGUCUCGUCGCCGGUGAGCGGCUGCUCGGGCGCUGUGCCAACGUCGUCAAGGCCACCGCCAAUCCCGGCGGACACGCGCGCCCCUACACCUCGAGCUCCGGCUGGCGGGCCGGCGAUACCGGUGAGCGGCUGCUUGAGCUGGCGGCCCAAGGCAUGGUGCUGCUAGGGCCUCGCCGUGGCAAUCGUGAUCGUCGUCUUCGUGGUGAGGUGAGUCCUGUUGACGUAUAAUGUGCUGCCUAGUUUUUUUCAUCAGAUCGGUCUUUUGCUUGCAUUGGCUAGAGCAUGCACUUUUACAUGGUAUUAGAGCCAAGCCACACAUGAGGGGGAGUGUUGACGUAUAAUGUGCUGCCUAGUCUCUUCUAUCGGAUCGAUCUUUUGGUUGCAUUGGCUAGAGCAUGCACUUUUACAAGUCCUGUUUACUUUCUCGCGCUUUGCCAGCGAUAUCAGCGUGUGUGUUUGUGUGUAUUAUCUAUGAAAAAAAGAGUAUUAACUGAUGCCAAACACCUUCAAAGUAUUGAAAAUCGUGUUUUUUCUUUCUUUCAAAACCACGGUAUUCUUUACAAACGGAGCCCAAAACUUCUCCAUUUGUUUAAGAUUUAACUUCAAACUCUAAAACCGUCUAAAAUUUAACCGUAAAAUAUCAAAACCUGCUAGGAUUCAACGCCUUUCUCCUCUGAAUCUGGUUUUCGCUGAGUAAGCCUGGUUAUGACCUGUUGAUUGGCCAGUCAGCAGCCAUGUGCGAUUUUCAGCACUUCUCGGGUCAAACUUUGACAAAAGAAGGAAACACCCAAAAAAUUGGAAGUAUUAUGUGAAACCAAGAUUAGUAUACUUAUCGUUCUGUGAAAGCUGCUGCCACCAUUUUCCCAAACAGCUUUAAAAAUAACCUUCAAUUUCAUUUUCAACCCUUUUUGUAAACCAAACAUUGGAAGUUUCCAUUUUUUUAUUUUUUUAUAAAAUCAGUACUAGUAUAAUUCUGGGAAAUUUUCAGUAUUUUUUGCCGAACAGAUUUUAAAAUACCGUUACAUCUCACUUUCAACCCAUUUUUGGUCAGACUUUUUAAAAAACCAUUUUAAAAGAGUGAACUCGGGACUAAUAUACUAAUCAUCCUAGGAAAUUUCCAGUUAUUUUUGCCAAAGAUAUUAAAAAAUACCUUUAAGUUACUUUUUCAGCCCUUUCUUUGUCAAUUUGGACCAAAAAUGAAAGUAUCUAGAAAUUUUUGAAAAAAGUGAAAAAUGAAGACAAGUAUACUAAUCAUUAUGGGAAAGGUUUGGUCAUUUUUGCUGAACAAAUUGCAAAAACACCCUUUUUAGGGGAAUUACAAAAAUACCCUUAAAAGUCUAUUUCUGCCCAAGCUGACAGGGCGAUCAAUAACAGGUCGAUCAAAGCCCGGCCUACUUAGUGAAACCAGGUUCAGCAGAGAGAAGGUUGAUCCUAGCCGAUUUUGAUAAUUUGGGGUUGAAUCUUAAGAUGAUUUGAGAGUUCGGUGUUGAAUCCUAAACAGAUGGAAGGGUUAAAGGUUAUAAUAUGGAUUUUUCUCAUUUACUCUCUCUAUUCUUAAAUAUAAGUCUUUUUAGAGAUUCCACUACAAACUAUAUACGGAUGUAUAUAGAUACAUUUUAGAGUAUAGAUUCACUUAUUUUGAUCCGUACCAUUGUCCCGAGCGGCUCGCGCCCGAUGGCCCGACCCCGACCCCGACCCCAGCUGCUGCAAGAAACGUUGAUCAUCGAUAGCAAUGGGAAUUCACGGCUGGACGCCAAGAGUGAGCUCUUCUACUGCCCCAUGUGCACAACGACAGCGCCCAUCAUCCACAAAUCCAGCUUCGGCUCAUGCGGCCACGCCUUCUGCAACAGCUGUGUGGCCACGUACAUCGCUGUGAGGCAGCGUGAGAAUGCCGCUCUUCCCGUCGAAUGCCCCGACUGUGAGCACGAAGACGGCCUCCUCCCCAUGCCCAUGGUGCGGCAUGAAAUCGACCCCACCACAGUCACCGACGGCAAUGAAGAUUCACCGGCGGUGGACGGCAACGGUAGGCACUUCUACUGCGCCAAGUGCAUGCAUGUGGUGCCAUGCGCAUGUAUACGGCGCAGCUUCACCUCGUGCGCCCAUGACUUCUGCUCAAGCUGUGUUUCCCGUCGACUGCGAGGACGGCGCGGUGACGGCAAGCACUUCUACUGCACCAAGUGCAUGCAUGUCGUGCCAUGUGCAUGUAUACGGCCCAGCUUCACCUCGUGCGCCCAUGACUUCUGCUCCAGCUGUGUCGCUCGUCCAACUUCCCAACGUCAAGGACUGCGCCGCCGAGCUGGAAAGAUGCCGCAGCAUCAGCCUGCCGACCUCGUCCCCGUGGACAUGUUGCUGUUAACCGAGGGCAAUGGAGAUUCGCCGGUCUACGGCCACGGCGAGCUCUUCGACUGCGCCAUCUGCAUGGAGACGGUGCCAGGCACCCUCAAGUUCAGCGUCAACUCGUGCGGCCACGCCUUCUGCUCCAGCUGCGUCACCCAGUACGUGGUCUUGAAGCUGGACGACAAGGUCGCCCUCAUCGAAUGCCCGCACCCAGGCUGCGAGGGUGGCACCAUUGAGCCGGAGAGCUGCCACGGCAUCAUCCCCACGGACCUCCACGACAAGUGGGGUUUGCUGCUAUGCGAGCUCGCGGUCGGCGCCAAGAGGAUAUACUGCCCGUACCUAGAGUGCUCGGCGCUCUUGCUCACCGACGGUGAGGCCGGGGCGGCGGCGAUCGCGGAGGCUGAGUGCCCGCACUGCCACAGGCUUUUCUGCGCCCGGUGCGCCGUGCCGUGGCACGACGGCUUCGGGUGCGAGGAGUUCCAGAAGCUCGGGCAGGACGAGCGCGGCCGGGAGGACCUCCUGCUCAGGCGUCUCGUCGGCAUGGAGGGCUGGCAGCGGUGCCCCAAGUGCCAGAUGUUCGUGGAGAAAUCGGAAGGGUGCAAUUACAUCAAAUGCAGGUGUGGAUACAGCUUCUGCUACCGAUGCGCAUCCGAGUUGUCCGCGCAAAACCAUUACUGCAACAAGUGCAUGCGCUAAUAACGAUUUGGUUGGCUAUGGAUACAGCUUCUUACCCCCAAGCCGGCCACAUGAGUUCAUCUCGGUCAUGUUUCCUCAAGCCUUUAUUAAUUCAGUUUUACUAAAGUA